AUGGUCUCCCCACUCUGUCUGCUGCUGGCUCUGGUGCUGCUGUACCACCGCCCUGCCAGCUCUCUGGACUGCGACCUGCCUCCAAGGCAUGGCGGUCCAGAAACCUUCAUACUUGUAAAUCAGAUGGGGAGACUCUCCCUACUGUCCUGUCUGGAGUUCAGGAAAGACUUCCAAUUUCCUCAGACGCUGGUGGACGGUAGCCGGCUUGAGAAGACGCAAGCCCGGGUGGUGGUGCAGGAGAUGCUCCAGGAGGUCUUCAGCCUUUUCAGCACGAAUGACUCUUUUGAAGCUUGGGAGGAGACCGUCCUGGACAAAUUCCUCAUUGAACUUUAUCAGCAGCUGGAGGACCUGGAGAAAUGUUUGGAGAAGGAAUGGAAGGUGGGACUGUCAGCCCUGGGAAGCGAGGACACCACAUUGGCGGUGAAGCGCUACUUCCAGGGAAUCCGUCUGUAUCUGAAAGAGAAAGAAUACAGCAGCUGUGCCUGGGAGAUCGUCAGGGUGGAAAUCAGAAGGUGCUUGUUCUCCAUUAACAAGCUGAUAAGAAAACCCAGGAAAUAA